AGCCGCUUUGAAUACCGCGGAUCAUCACAAGCGAUGAGCUCUCAGUUAAGCAGGAUGACCUCCGACCAGAUGGCUCUUGAAUCGAGUUCUAUGUUCAACAAUAUGAGCUUAUUGUAUGAUUCCGCCUAUAAAGAGUCAGUUGCAGUGGGGUCUUUUAUCCCUACAUCAGAGCCGGAUAUCACAGAGCCUGAUACUCUCUUUGUUCAUCCUCCUUUUGAUACUAGCGCUGGUACUGGUACUGCUAACCAACCUUCACUCUCCUCUCGUGCUUCUUUGCCUGGGUUUUCUAAAAAAGGAAGGGAAACACAGUUUGGAACUGUGGUUGGACUCCUGACAGCGCCGAGGAAACAAGAUACUGCCCAAUCAACCAAUCAGAACACAGGAUCAACACCACGUGACACAAACCUUGCUGCUAUGAGUGUGCCCAAGUCUUCUGGAUCCUCGCUUGGACAUCUUGUUGGAUUAGUACAACAGACUCAGAACAUAACGAAAGUUUGGGACACGGGACAAACAUCCGAUAACAAUCAAGCUAAACUGACUGCUAGGUACGAAGCCAAGAUUAAGACCCUUGAACUUAAGGUAAAGACGAUGGAAGAGGCUAAUAAGCGAGAAUCUAUCAACUCUAGUACUAGAUGGCGCCAAAUCCUCAGCGAGAAAGAUGCCAAAUUUAGCUCGUUGCGUACCCAAGUGCGUAUCCUAAAAGAAAACAAAACGAGAUCAGGAAAUUCUCCACUGCCAGUGUAUCCAACAAUACAACCACCCCCAAUGCAGUUUGACGAUAACCACGGUAACCGAGGUAACCAUUACCAGUUUGGCGGUAACUCAGAUACAUCAUCACGCUCCGAAAUCGACUACUCUGACCCCUUCUUAUGUCAGAUGGAGAUAAGCAGGCUAAUAAGAGUAAACCAGGAGCUGGUACUUCAUCUAAAAGUGUCAGAGUUCGAUACUACUACUUUCUUACUGUCUCACGUUAUACUGGCGCUCAUAGCUGUUCUUCUGUUGUAG